CAGUGUUGGCGCCAUGAACAUAUGCCCAAUAACGUCAUCAUGACAAAGUUCCACAUGGUGCGUCGCCACUACCAGGAUCAUCACUUGGUGAAGAAAUACAAAUGCCAACAAUGCAAACGAAGGUUCCUUUUGAAGGAGCAGUAUUUGAAACAUAAAUGUCGGCGUGGUCUGAAGGAAGAGACCGACUCGGAAACGGAAAACGAGGAGAACCAAUGUGUGGAUGUGGAGAAUAUAGAUGAUACGAACAGUAAUGUGAGUAGAGCCGUGAAAACGCCGCUGAAGGAAAGCAUGGAUAGCAAAAACGAUGGAGGUAAUAGUGUAGAGACUAAAGAUGCCAUGGAUAACUAUUUGUUGUGCUGGUCUGGCGAAAAACAAUGUACAAAAUGCCGUAGGAAGUACAAGCGCAGACAUAGCUGCCAGGAGCAUAUCUGUAAUUUGUGCAGCCGUAUAUUCUAUCGCAAGUCAGACCUGGCCGCGCAUGAGUUAACCUUGGCCCAUAUUUCAAAACAGAAGGAUAAGGUUCUUAUGGAAGAUAUGGUGCUUAUUGAAGAUAUGCUGAAUUUGAUUCGCAGAAUAGAAUCCAAAGAUUUCCAGGACGAAUCAUUGAUAAAUACGUUAGGUGCCCUUGUCCCGACGUUCCAGAAAAUACAGGAUUCUAUUCCAAAGACAUCAGCGCGAACGACUUAAAUAUUUUUUUUCUACACAUGUGUUACGAUCUUUAAAUAAAUUUGUUUUUCAUUUUCAAUCACUGGCGCCCGGGUUUCUUUGGGAUUAUUGGUUAUUGGUGUCGGCGUCUGCUGUGCUGAGGAUAAGAUCCGCCUGAGCGGCGGAAAAUACUUCGCUUAGUAGCUGAUUUUUAAGAAUAAAUCGGAGCUCUGCGCAAGUGAAAACCGAACCCUGCCUGAGUAUCAGAUUUUAGACUUACAUACAUUAAUUAUAUACAUUGGAAUCCCAAUCCCAAAAACAACGGAACUCCUUAUCCAAAGUGAGGACAACUUCGCUGCUGCUGCAUGACGGAAUGGAAAUUUGAGUCUUUUGCCAAUCUUUUGACGCGCCGUCCAUGUCGGGGUUCGCGUCUCUUGGUAAUGACCAGUUCCCUGCACUUUU